AUGGUGCUGCAGAAGAGCUGGGCAAGCCGCCGCAGCCGACAGGAGCGGCAGCGGGUGCGGAGGACGGAGGCAGAGUGGGGCCCCGCGGCGGAGCGCCCUGGCAGCAGCCUGCUGACCCGGCAGCUGCAGGAGCUGUGGAGGAAGUCGCGGGGCAGCCUGGCACCACAGCGGCUGCUCUUUGAGGUCACCAGCGCCAGCGUGGUCAGCGAGCGCUCCUCCAAGUACGUGCUCUACACCAUCUACCUGAUCCGCUCCGGCCGGUUCGACAAGGCCCCCGCUGCCAUCGCCCGGCGCUACUCGGACUUUGAGCGGCUCAACCGCCGCCUGCGCUGCCGCUUUGGCUGCGACAUGGCCGGCAUCACCUUCCCCAGGAAGAGGCUGCGCCGGAAUUUCACCGCUGAGACCAUCGCUAAGCGCAGCCGAGCCUUCGAGCAGUUCCUGUCCCACCUGCACUCCAUCGCCGAGAUCCGCCGCUCCCCCGAGUUUCUCGAGUUCUUCUUCCUGCAGGACCUGCGGGCCGCGCAGCGCCUGACCUGCACCGGCAUGUACCGCGAGGCCCUGGCCACCUGGGCCAAUGCCUACAGGCUGCAGGACCGGCUGGGGGUCUGCAGUUCCGGCCGCUUCCUCCUGACGCUGGCCGGGCUGGCCGUCUGCCACCAGGAGCUGGACGAGCUCGGUGAGGCCCAUGGCUGCUGCGAGCAGGCGCUGCAGCUGCUGGAGGCCCAAGGCAGCCACCCGCUGCUGGGGCCCUUCCUGCAGGCCCACGUCCACCUGGCCUGGAAGGUGGGCAAGGACAAGCGGCGCUCGGAGGCCCGGCUGCAGGACCUGCAGGAGGCCGGGCCGCCCCUGCAGCAGCAGCCCACCCUGAAGGAGUGCCUGAUCAAGGAGCCUUUGGAAUGA